CAGUUUAGAUGUGACACAAGUUACGGUGUCCGAAAAGGCUCAAGCCGUGAACGUACUCGUUCGCGUAAAUAUUACAUGACCAAAGAUGUCUGCGACACGAUAUCGUCGGUUUUUAAAGCUAUGCGAGGAAUGGCCCCGAGACGAGACCAAAAAGGGCCGCGAUUUGGGAACAUUUCUGCGGCAGAGGGUCGCUUCUGCGUUCCGCGAGGGCGAAAACACGCAGAUUGCAGAUCCAGAGAAAUGUGACCAAAUGUAUGAAAGUUUGGCUCGUAUAAAUGGAAACGUGUACAGACAAAGAUUUCCUCGUGUGAGAGACACAAGUUUUACCGGUGUUACAGCAGAGGAGUGCAGAGUCCUUCUGUCAGGGAGUAUUCAACAGAGCAUGGAUGAGGAAAAGAAGGGUUUGUGGAAAUCUUUAAUGAAGAAAUUCUCCUCCAAAUCACCGGAAGACGUUCCAGAAAAAGCUCCUGAAAAAUAGCCCUUUUUUGCUUUUCAUUUUGCUUGUAUAGAAAUAAAGCUCAUUAUUGUCA